GUUUUUGAGGUCGUUGUUAAAGUAGAUUUCUGUUGUGAAACGUCACAUUUUGCAAACGUCAAAUUGUAUGUCAUGACUUGGCGUGUGGGUUUUCGCACUUUAUUUCGCGUUUUUAUUCAUUUGUGAAACACCAGCAAAACACAUAUUUCACCGUCGAGUGUAGUGUCAUUUUACUUUGCUUCAAAAUCGGCCAAAACGAUACAAAAAUGAUGGAAGAGGUCGUACAUUACAAUGGCCCCUCACAGCUGUAAACUUUACUUAAGUGAUAUUAUCGCGACAAUGGCCGAAGACAAUAGAAAAGUCUCAAUGGAAGUUAAUGGGGUGAGCGAAAACGGCUUCACAGACGCUCCCUCGAUGCCGUGGUUUGGAAUGGACAUUGGCGGCAGUUUAUGCAAGUUGGUCUAUUUCGAACCGAAAGACAUCACCAAAGACGAGGCCGAUUCCGAAGUGGAAACCCUACGCAACAUCCGGAGAUAUCUAACAAAAAACUCAGCAUAUGGGAAAACCGGCCAUCGAGACACCCACUUACAGAUGGACGAUGUUUACAUUCGGGGCAGGAGAGGCACUUUGCACUUUAUUCGGUUUCCGUCGAGCGAAAUGGUCAACUUUUUGGCUUUGGCCAAGUCCAAAGGCAUGGCCAACUUGGUUACGACGGUUUGUGCGACGGGAGGGGGCGCUUUCAAGUUUGAGGAGGACUUCAGAAGGGAAGUUAACAUGAAGUUGGAAAAAUUUGACGAGUUCGAUUCGCUUUUGAAGGGCUUGCAGUUCGCAGACGCCCAGAACCCGUCCGAGUGUUACUAUUGGGCGAAUCCGACCGACGAUGCUUGCUGUUCUAAAGUCAAAUACGACUUCUCGAAUCCGUACCCGUUUCUGAUUGUCAAUAUCGGGUCAGGUGUUAGCGUUUUGGCCGUCUAUUCGGCCACCGAUUACAAGAGGAUCUCAGGGACAAGUUUGGGCGGAGGCACUUUUUUGGGCCUUUGCUGUCUGUUGACUGGUUGCAAUACGUUCGAAGAGGCGAUACAGUUGGCUGCAGAAGGUGAUAACACACGAGUUGAUAAGCUGGUGCGUGAUAUAUACGGUGGUGACUACGAACGGUUUGGGUUACCGGGAGAUUUGGUCGCUAGCAGUUUCUCGGGCUUUAGCUUUGGGCAAAUGAACUCUCGCGAGAAGCGCAGCAAAGUCAGUCGACAGGAUCUAGCGAGGGCUACGUUAGUGACCAUCACUAACAACAUCGGGUCUAUUGCUAGGAUGUGUGCUAUUCAGGAGAAAAUUGACAGGGUCGUUUUUAUGGGCAAUUUCCUGCGAGUAAACCCCAUCGCCAUGAAACUGCUGGCAUACGCCAUGAACUACUGGUCCAAGGGAACAAUGAAAGCCCUGUUUCUGGAACACGAAGGCUACUUUGGUGCUAUUGGUUGUCUCCUUCAAUUUCACGAGGCCAAAAGAUGAAUUAUAAACAUUCCAGUGAAAGGUGUUGGAGUUUAGUACAAAAUAAAACAAUGUUGGACAUUUUUAGCAAAUGAGGUUAAUUCUUGGCGUUUUAUUGUAGAUUUUGUACACUGCUUUUAUAAAAAUAGUACGUAUGUUUGAAGGUGUAGAUUUUUUUAAUGUAUGGUUUUUCUACAUUUUUUAAAUAAACUUGAUAAGUGAGAACUUGGUGUAGGCUCAUCGGUACGUGAAAUGACGCACAUGUUUUAUUUCAAAGGCACAUGAAACUAUUAUUAAAUUAUUUAUUGAUGGAAAUCUAAACAGAGUAUGUGAAAUAUAUUAUUUUAUUUA